AUGUUGAGUAUAGCCAUGUUCAUGUCCAACCUAGUAUUGCUUAUGCCUCUCCUAAUCAGCUUAGUAGCCUCCGAAUAUACCAGCUUCACCUACCACGGGUUUAGAUCGGCAAAUGUAAUCCUAGACGGCACAGCAGAAAUCACUUCUAAUGGCCUUUUGAAGCUCACAAAUAAUGAUACAGCGCGUCAAAUGGGUCAUGCUUUCUACCCCUAUCCAGUAAGUUUCAAGAAAUCGUUGAAUGGCACCGCUUCCUCCUUCUCUACGACCUUUGUAUUUGCUAUCGCUCCUGAAUAUCGCGGUUUGGGCGGUCAUGGAAUUGCUUUCGUGAUUGCUCCCACAAGAGGGCUCCCUGGAGCACUCCCAAGCCAGUACCUUGGCCUUUUCAAUAGUAGGAACAACGGUAAUGCCACCAAUCAUGUUUUCGCAAUAGAGCUCGAUACCGUCCAAGACUUCGAGUUUGAUGACAUCGAUGAUAACCAUGUUGGGAUUGAUAUAAAUGGGUUGAAGUCCGAGAAAUCUGCUACGGCAGGAUACUAUGUUGAUGAUUUCUAUGAAUCGUACUCAACUCCCGUUAGACUUCGAGGUGGCCAGCAAAUUCAAGUUUGGGUGGAAUACGAUGGUGUCGAGAAGCAAAUCAAUGUUACUUUAGCUCCACUUACUGUCGAUAAACCCGUUGCUCCGCUCUUGUCUUUGUCCCGUGAUCUAUCACCGAUCAUUAAAGACAACAUGUAUGUUGGCUUCUCGUCCUCAACUGGCCUGUUGGUAUCAAGCCAUUACGUUUUGGGUUGGAGCUUUAAGGUGAACGGCCAUACUCCAGAACUCGUCAUUUAUAAACUUCCCAUGGUGCCAUGGAUAUCAAGAGAUAAACGGAUGUCUAAAUUUUUGACAAUAGGGUUGCCUGUGAUGGUUACUUGUUUAGUCUUGGUAGCAAUUUCAAGCGUAAUUCGUGUCAUAAGAAGGAAGAUGAAGUUUGCAGAAUUGCUGGAUGACUGGGAGCUUGACUAUGGGCCUCAGAGGUUCAAAUACUAUCAUCUUUUUGUUGCUACAAAAGGAUUUAGUGAGAACGAGCUAUUGGGUAGGGGUGGAUUUGGUAAGGUUUAUAGAGGUGUACUCCCUACCUCCUAUAUUGAGAUUGCGGUGAAGAGGAUCUCCCAUGAAUCAAGGCAGGGAAUGAGAGAAUUUGUUGCAGAAAUUGCCAGUAUGGGUCGGCUCCGUCACAGGAAUUUAGUACCACUCUUGGGGUAUUGCCGGCGAAAGGGAGAGCUGCUUUUGGUGUAUGACUACAUGCCCAAUGGAAGCCUAGACAAGUACCUCUUUCACCAACCUACGCUCACUCUGGGUUGGAGCCAGAGAUUUGGAAUUAUAAAAGGUGUAGCGUCGGGGCUGUUUUAUCUACACGAAGAAUGGGAGCAAGUUGUUGUUCAUAGAGAUGUCAAGGCUAGUAAUGUCAUGCUGGAUGGUGAGCUGAAUGCUAGAUUAGGAGACUUUGGUCUAGCAAGAUUUUAUGACCGUGGAAGUGACCCUCAGCCGACCCGUGUGGUUGGAACCCUUGGGUAUAUGGCGCCGGAGCUUUAUCGAAGCGGCAAGGCCACAACAAGCACCGAUGUGUUUGCCUUCGGGGCCUUUUUGCUUGAGGUUGCUUGUGGAAGAAGGCCAAUAGAGCGAACAGAGGAUGUCCUUUUGCUUGAUUGGGUGUUUUCUCAAUUGAACCGAGGCGAAAUUCUUGAGGCAGGGGAUCCAAAUUUGGGCACAGAUUAUGUAGCAGAGGAAGUAGAGUUGGUAUUGAAACUUGGGUUGCUGUGCUCUAAUUCAGAGCCUGCAGCUAGGCCAAGCAUGCGCCAAGUUGUGCAGUUCUUGGAGGGGGAUGUUCCUCUUCCAGAGUUACCGUCCGUUGGUCUUUAUGCCAGUGGCUUAUCGUUCGCCAUGUCUUAUCCGGUGGCUUCUAUGGACAAGGUGUUCACGCCUUUGUCUUUCGUUGCAGAUUCGCUUCUCUCGGGCGGUCGCUGAUUCUUAAAGUUUUUGUUAUCCAUUGUAAGUUUGUUUGUGACCAUUAAAGUGUGAUUUUUUGGAAUGAUCAACUAUAAUUUAUUUCUUUAAGGUUGUGCAGCAUAUGUAUGAACAUGGGCCUCUCUGAUCAUAUAUUUUGCA